CCUCUGCCGCUCAGUCGCGCCGCCAGCGGGUAGAAGGGAAGCAGUAGGUAACCCGCCCGUGUGCUGGCAACAGGGGACUGAAGAAGGCGCUCCUGCCCUACUUCUCAGAUAUUCUCCUCCCUCCUCUCAAGCAUAUGUAGAAACUUACAAGAACUGAACAAUUAGAAGAGAUGUGAAGUUAAUCUUUAAGGAUAUCUAGGUGUGUGAACCUGUAAAAUAAAGACUUUCAAAAUGAUCCGGUGUAUUUUAAUAGUAGGGAUUCUACUUCGCCAGUCUUUGUCCCAUCCAGGCUUUUUUACUUCAAUUGGUCAGAUGACUGAUUUGAUUUAUACAGAGAAGGACCUUGUGACUUCCCUGAAAGACUAUAUUAAGGCAGAAGAAGACAAAUUAGAACAAAUAAAAAAAUGGGCAGAGAAGUUAGAUCGGCUAACUAGCACAGCGACAAAAGAUCCAGAAGGAUUUGUUGGGCACCCUGUAAAUGCCUUCAAGUUAGUGAAACGUCUGAACACUGAAUGGAGUGAGUUGGAGAAUCUAGUCCUUAAGGAUAUGUCAGAUGGCUUUAUCUCUAACCUAACAAUUCAGAGACAGUACUUUCCUAAUGAUGAAGAUCAGGUUGGGGCAGCCAAAGCCCUGUUGCGUCUCCAGGACACCUACAAUUUGGAUACAGAUACCAUUUCAAAGGGUAAUCUUCCAGGAGUAAAGCACAAAUCUUUUCUAACUGUGGAGGACUGUUUCGAGUUGGGUAAAGUGGCCUACACAGAAGCAGAUUAUUAUCACACAGAACUGUGGAUGGAACAAGCAUUAAAGCAGUUGGAGGAAGGCGAGGUUUCUUCUGUUGAUCAAGUCUCUGUUCUAGAUUAUUUGAGCUACGCGGUGUACCAGCAGGGAGACCUCGAUAAGGCACUUUCGCUCACAAAGAAGCUUCUUGAACUAGAUCCUGAACAUCAGAGAGCUAAUGGUAACUUGAAAUAUUUUGAGUAUAUAAUGGCUAAAGAAAAAGAUGCCAAUAAGUCUGCUUCAGAUGACCGAUCUGAUCAGAAAACCACACUGAAGAAAAAAGGGGCUGCUGUGGAUUACCUGCCAGAGAGACAGAAGUACGAAAUGCUGUGCCGUGGGGAGGGUAUCAAAAUGACUCCUCGGAGACAGAAAAAACUCUUUUGCCGCUACCAUGAUGGAAACCGGAAUCCGAAAUUCAUUCUGGCUCCAGCCAAACAGGAGGAUGAGUGGGACAAGCCUCGUAUUGUUCGCUUCCAUGAUAUUAUUUCUGAUGCAGAAAUUGAAAUUGUCAAAGAUCUAGCAAAACCAAGGCUGAGCCGAGCUACUGUACAUGACCCUGAGACUGGAAAAUUGACCACAGCACAGUACAGAGUAUCUAAGAGUGCCUGGCUCUCUGGUUAUGAAAACCCUGUGGUGUCUCGAAUUAAUAUGAGAAUACAAGACCUGACAGGAUUGGAUGUUUCCACGGCAGAGGAAUUACAGGUAGCAAAUUAUGGAGUGGGAGGACAGUAUGAACCCCAUUUUGAUUUUGCACGGAAGGACGAGCCAGACGCCUUCAAAGAGCUGGGGACAGGAAAUAGAAUUGCUACGUGGCUGUUUUAUAUGAGCGAUGUGUCAGCAGGAGGAGCCACUGUGUUUCCUGAAGUGGGCGCUAGUGUUUGGCCCAAAAAGGGAACUGCUGUUUUCUGGUAUAAUCUGUUUGCCAGUGGAGAAGGAGAUUAUAGUACACGGCACGCAGCGUGUCCAGUGCUGGUUGGAAACAAAUGGGUAUCCAAUAAAUGGCUCCAUGAACGUGGGCAGGAGUUCCGAAGACCGUGCACCUUGUCGGAGUUGGAAUGACAGACAGGCUUCUCUUCCUCUCCUUGUGUGCUCAGAUGCGUCUGACACACACAGUUCCCAGUCUUAACUUUUAAGAGUUUACAAUGGACUAACAUAACACUCCAUGGUUGAUUCAGUUAUGAACCUCACCCCAUAUUUCAUCUGUGGACAAUCACUAACUUUGUGGGUAUUUUUUCUUUUAAAAGUAACACUAAAUCACCACACUGUACAUACAAAACCUUAAAGUUUAGUUGAUAUCACAGAGGGCAAAUCAAGGCAGACUUAAAAAUGAGAACUUUUUAUAUUUGUUACAUUUUAAAGAACUCUUUGGUUAGAGGAAAAGUGUAAACAUCUGAUUAUAGUAUAUCACUACAUCUCAGUUGGUGGGUGGUAGGCUAGAAUGUCUUAUUUUCUGGGUCCGCCUGAAGACUAGGAAUAAACGAGGCCUCUACUCUGGGUGCCAUUCAAAGCUUACUCCUCCGCAUACUUUUCUAAGUUUACUUUUUUCCUCCCAAGUCCUUUUAAAAGAAAGUAUACUUUAUUUUACCAGUCCCCAUUUUCUCUCAUAGCUCCUCUGUGGUGAAUUUAAUCUGUUUGAGGUAAAAUAGUUUGAUCUUAAAAAAAUUUUAACAGUUCUACAUAACAACACUGGGGUUCUCAACUAAAAUGAUCAUCACUUGGUCUGUUUUUUGUCCUUUUUCUUAAAUGACUGAUGAUUUUUGUCCAUAAAAUUUAGUUUUUAUUAGGGCUAAUACCUUGCCUCAUUCUUGCUACAGCAGGGUGAUGAUACUGGCAUCCUGAUUAAAUAAACAUUGUGCCUUAGGAGACUGGAAAUUUAAAAAUGCACAAGUCCUUUCAAUGAUGAGGGAAUUGAUUUUUUUAAAGAAAUCUUUUUCCUAAAAAGCCAAAAUGUUUUUUUCAAUUCUGAAAUGUGUUGUGACAAUGACCUAUUUAUGAUCUUAAACUUUUUAAAAAAUG